AUGAGGAGACGCGCCCUUCUUCCGGUGGUUUGCAGUGAUGAUUUUGGUGGCGCGGGGAUGGAGGAGGAUCUGGAGGAGGAUACCGCGAUGUACGGCGGCGGCGCAGGGGAGAAGAAGCGCCGGCUGAACGGGGAGCAGGUGCGCGCGCUGGAGCGGAGCUUCGAGAAGGACACCCGGCUGGAUCCGGAGCACAAGGAGCGGCUGGCGCGCGACCUCGGCCUGCAGCCCCGCCAGGUCUCCGUCUGGUUCCAGAACCGCCGCGCGCGCUGGAAGACCAAGCAGCUCGAGCGCGACUACGCCGCGCUCCGCCAGUCCUUUGACGCGCUCCGCGCCGACCACGACGCCCUCCGCCGCGACAAGGACGGCCUCCUCGCCGAGAUCAAGGAGCUGAAGGUGAAGCUCGGGGACGACGGCGCCGCGGCGAGCUUCUCGACGGCGAAGGAGGACCAGGCGGCGUCCGGCGUCGAGCCCGCGGUGGCGGCCGCGGCGGCGCAGGGCUCAUCCGAGAGCGACUCCAGCGAGGUGCUGAACGACGCGGAGCUGACGCCCGACAAGCAGCAGCAGCAGGCCACAGCGGAGCCGGUGGUGCCGGGGGCAGCUGUGCUCCACGGCGAGGGGCUCUUCGACGGGCACCAGCUGCUGAAGGUGGAGGACGACGAGGCCGCGUUCCUCGGCGACGACGACGCGGCGUGCGGGGGCUUCUUCGCCGACGAGCAGCCGCCGUCGCUGCCGUGGUGGACGGAGCCCACGGAGCAGUGGACUUUGCACUGAGCUGAGGUAGCACCGUAGCAGGGUAGCUGGUAGCAGCCAGGGAGGAACAAUGUACCUGGGGGCGAAUAAGAAUUCAGCGAGGUGGUUUCCGCAGUUUUGCUGAAAUUAGAAAAAUGAACCUUGUAUUUUCUUGCUAUUCUGCCUUUCCCGUAGAACUGUGCAAGGCAGGCUCUCAAGCGCAAGCUAGAAAUGGUAUUUCGGCAUUUGUUG